AAAAUCAUUUUAGACUAUAAACGAAAUACACCACCCAUAAGGUUGCUGAGAGUUUUUCGACAGCUCACUACCGGUUACGCUUUUCUUCGGGCGCGUCAGGCGCAUUCCCCGAGUUCCCAUCAACUUUAUGUUCUGCUUGAAACCGAAGUGCGCGAAAUUAGCGAAGUAAACACAAUUGGAAACAAAUUUGGCUUUGUGAAAGACUCAUUUGGAACCCAGCUGGAUCCCUCGUCUGCGGUGUAUCCAGGCAACCGAAUGUGCGGCACCAGGCCACGAUAUUUGGAUAUCGCAAUACAUGCAACUGACUGUGCUGCACCAGGCCGCCCCAUGUUUCAGUCGCUACGAUAUUCGAGAUAUCGCGACACAUGUGAAUUCGUAAUGUAUUAUGCUAAUGGGUUGUUGUUGUUGUAUUGGGGUGGUUUUUGGUCUGAGCAUGCGCACUACCCGAGUUUCCGUCAACUUUAUGUUCGACUUGAAACGAAAUUGCACGAAAUUAGCGAAUAUACACUAAAUUGCAAACUAAUUUGGUUUUGCGAGCGACUCACCGGGAACCCAGCUGAAUCUCUCAUUUGUGAUGAUUUC